UGAAUUACGAACCAAUGCAGCAUGGUAUGAUCAAAAUUGAAGAAGUGAAAUCGGCUAUCGAAGAACUUCACAACUGAAAAACACAUGGACCUGAUGGUUUACAGAACUGGAUAAAGAAACUUUGGAUAAUGCAUGAAGAAUUAAUCUCCGCCAUACACGAGGUCAUGAAGUAUCCUGAAGUUUUUCCAACACAUGGCACAACAUACCAGUUAACUGAAGACCAAAGGAAUACAGAAGAUCCAUCGAAAUAUCGACAAAUCACAUACCUUCCAACACUAUAUAAAGUUAAUCAUAUCUUGCAUUUCAAACCGCAUUUACAACCAUUGUGAAGAUAAUAACAUCAUUGCUACACAACAGACAGGAUGCGCCAAAUACAGCCAAGGAUGCUAAGAACAGCUAAGAAUUGAUUCAGUUAUCUGCAAUCAAGCAUUCUCUAAACGAAGAAAUCUUUAAGGUGUUUAUGUAGACCACAAGAAAGGAUUCGAUUCCAUAUCAAGAGCGGAAUGGCUCUUGAUGAGUUCCGCCAUGUCAACAUGGCGCACUAGUCCACAGAUGAAAGCAGCAAAUAGCCCCAUCACAACUGGUCCUAUUCCAAUAAGAGGCGGAAUUUUUCAAGGAGACUCGCUGAGCCCUCUGUGUUUCUGCAUAUCCCUGAAUCCUGAAUCUUAUAGAUUGAAUUCUACGGAGUACGGAUUUGCCAUCAAGUGCGGCAGUAGGACUAUGAUGAAUCUGAAUCAUCUCUUUUACAUGGAUGAUUUCAAACAUCUUGCAUCUACUAAAAAACAAAUGCAACAGAUGCUGAAAAUGGUAGAAGAAUUCUCUGAAGAUAUAAAAAUGAAAUUCGGACUGGAAAAAUGUCGUCUUCUCAACAUAAUGAAAGGUAAAAUAGAAGACGGUACAUUCAAACUCAAGGAAGGUGCAGAAAUCUAAGCAUUAAAGGAGGGAGAUUCGUAUAAAUAUCAAGGGAUCGAACAGGCUAGAAGGAUCAAUCAGAGCAAGAUGAAGAUAGAAUUAGCUAUGGAGUUCACUAGAAAACUGAGAAGGAUAAUGAAAACAGGUCUAAACAGCAAGAAUCUGAUCAAAGCGAUUAAUACCUACGCUUGCUCAGCACUGAACUAUUCGGUAUCAUCACUUGGACCACCACUGAUUUAGCA